AUGUUCUAUGGAAUUCUGCGAUACGCAUCACCUAUGCAAAGAGUACACGUGGUCACUCCGGCUGAAUUACGAUUUCGGGAUCAUUGGCGAGGUGGAGCGGCUCGCUUCCGACCUAUGGAUCAUAUGGGCAGAUCGACUGUGAGUACCACUACUACAUCCGGACAUGCAGUACAUGGAACAGGUUCUGUAACAUCAUCACCAGUCACCUCCAUAUCAGAUGAACAUACAGGCGAUGCGUGGAGAGAUUCACCAUUGCGAAGAGAUCCCCGAGAGUACACGUGGUCACACCGGCUGAAUUACGAUUUCGGGAUCAUUGGCGAGGUGGAGCGGCUCGAUUCCGACCUAUGGAUCAUAUGGGCAGAUCGACAUACCACUACUACAUCCGGACAUGCAGUACAUGGAACAGGUUCCGUAACAUCAUCACCAGUCACUUCCAUAUCAGAUGAACAUACAGGCGAUGCGUGGAGAGAUUCACCAUUGAGAAGAGAUCCCCGAGAAGAUAUGUCGCCCAUGAGUGAUAACAGCACAGCACUCAGCAGCAACGUUCGAUCUAUGGAACCGAUUAAAGCGGCAAGUUUCAAAAUAGGCAAGCCAAAGACAGUUGAGAUUAAGGUUCAACGGACAGAAAAGAUGGAAAGGCGCGAGAAAUUCGAUAACAAGGAUUGGCUCAACAAUAAUGAUACAUAUGCAAUGCCAAGCCAUCUAAAAGAACAGAGAAAGAGUGCGAAGAAACCGCAUACAGCUGUUUUUAUCGCUUUAGCUAUGGCGCAUUAA